CUUUAAUAAUCAAACUUUUCUUACUUGACCUAUUUUCUCAUUCAAGUUACGUAAGAAGUAAAUGGGUAUGACAACGAUACAAUAUCUACUCUAUUGUUUAAUUUUUUUUAAAUUUGAUUAGCUUGUUCAAUUUGCUUCAAUAAGACGUUGCAAAAUAUCGAUUUUCGAAAAACGGUACCGGUACCCUCUCCAUUCAUGGGACAAAACGCAAAUGCAUUCGCACAUAAAAGUUGCGCAUAAGGUAAAACAAAAGAAUGUGCUACUGAAGAAGUAAUUAUUGAUUAUUGACCAAUCGCCUGUGACAACUAUAAAAAAAAAGUGUGUAGUAUACAUAAUUCGUAAUAACAAGAAUAAUUUUAACACUACUGAUGUGCGUAUGUGCAUUAUGGUUAAUGUGUCUACUCCAUUUCUAAUAAGAACACGGUUAAACGAGCAAGACCUGAAGCUGACCAUUCUUGAAGAAACAAUAGUGCUUGUUUAAUUAAGCAUACAUCGGAAAGACUAGUGUGGCCAGCACGUCAUCAAAGCAGUUUCGCGCAAAGCAAAGCAAUUCAGUCACUGUACUGUUCUCCAAUAACUUGUUUCGAGCCGAACGACGCGACGUGUUACGGUUGACCCAGCGUAUAAUACGGGCGGCGUUUCAUUUAAUGGACCUGUGCUGAUAGAGAGAAAGUUCAAAACUAAUGAAAGCAACAGGAAUUUGGCCUGAAAACGGGGAAAAUGUCUAAUUCUCUUUGCAAAUCUUCUGUGUUCAAAAGCUAUCAAGAUGUGAUCAGUGACGUAAUCGAAAAUGUUCGAGAGCAUUUUCUUGAAGAUGGUAUUGAUGAGGCUGUAGUGCAGGAACUGAAGCAUUUAUGGGAAACUAAACUAGCAGCCACCAAAGCAGUCGAAGAAGUAAAAGCAGUCGAUAAAAUUAUUGCUGUUAACAAUAAAAUUCAAAAAACCCAGCAGCAUCAAAACUAUCUAAAUCAAUUAGCUCAACAACAAAACCAAGCCAAACAAUUGGUCGGGCAAGUACCACCUAACAACCAUAUACCUCAGGGUAUAGCUUUUCCAGAAUGGAGAAGGGUGCCGGUUCAACUUACCAUACCUUCACCACCUGGUUGUAAUACUGAUGGAGAACAACGAGUUCUUGGCAUUGAAGUUCCUGAAGUAUUCUUACAAGAUCAUCACCUCAAAUCUAUUCUAACAGGGCCAAUAAUUAGCGCAACGCUGAAUUUACCGCUUGACGCAGCAACGACAUUUCUUCAAGAUCAAGUGAACAAUGCAUUUCUAAAACAUCAGCAAUCUACAAAUUUUAUUAACAUAAAUAUGGACAAAAACUCUUCUAUUAUUCAAGCUGACGGCGCAUUUUGGACAGACGCGGAAGCUGAUAAUGGUCUCAAAAAAAUAUAUAAUAAAAAUCGAAGGUCCAACUAUACGAAAAAAAAAAUGAGAAUCAGAAGAUCAAAAUCAUUCGAACUAAAACAUUACAAAGAAUUGCCACAAGAUAUUUCACAGCAGCCAAAUAAAAAAAUAACAAUCAACUGCAAAGUUCUGAACCUCAACAAAAUGCCAAAAAUUUUCCAAGGAGAUGGUAUACAUACUUCUUCAGACGAAGAUGACUUAGAUGACGAUGAUUUUGAUGAUGAUGGGGAUGACAGCGACGAAAAUAUAAAUGAUAAUAAUGCAGAGGAUACUCAAGAAGCUGCCGAAGACGAACCAUUGAAUUCUGAAGAUGAUGUGUCAGAUGCAGAUGGUACUGAGGAAUCUUUUGAAACUGAAAAUGUUAUUGUUUGUCAGUUUGAUAAGGUAAAUAUACGUUUACGCUGA